CGUUCGACCGCUUACGAUGCAGCGGACCUGGAACGAGAGUUCCCUGCGGCGGUCACUGCCACGUCGGAACCGACGGAGGUCAAGACGCCUGUGCAGUUCCGUAGAAGUACAGCUGCCCUUAGACUCGUCGGGCCCCGAGUCCGUUGCACGCUACGUACUGUUCGUGCUGUUCGCGGCUGCGACGGUGAUCGUAGUCGUGGCGCCCGGCGCGCUGCUGCUGCGCACUCGUCCGUGUCGCAACCUGAGCGGAUGCUACUCGCUACAGCGGGACCUCCUCGCGUCCAUCGACAACCGCGUGCCUCCGUGCGACGACUUCUACUGGCACGUCUGCAGCGGCUGGGACAGACAGUAUGCGACAACGCGUGGCCAGACGGCGUCCUGGUACGAGGAAGUCUUCAUGGAUGUGUUCUUGUGGAAAAUCAUGCAGCGCAUCGUCCCGAAGACUCCAGUGAAGACGUUGGAUAAGGCGGCCUCAAUGCUGCUCCAUUGCGUGAAAGAUUCUGGGCACCACGGUGGCGAGGCGCUCAGACACUUCCUCCAAGAAGUCGGGCUGUCGUGGCCGCACAGGAGUCCGGCCACCCGUGAGCAGCUGUUGGACUCGCUGGUGGUGCUCUCGCUCGACAUCGGCAUGCCAACGCUGUUGAAGUUCGUCGUGGGUCGCCACCUAUCCCGACCGACGGAAAACACGCUGUACAUGUCGCUGGACCGGCGGUACGAACUGUGGUCCCAAGACAUCGACCGGCUUCACGGCAGAGGCGCGCUCAGCCGCUACCUGCGCCGAGGAGCCGAGGUCGUCGGCGGCUUGGGCGGCUCCUACAGCAUCAUGAUCGAGGAUGUGCUCACGACGCACGAGGACCUGUGGACGUUUGUGCAGCAUUCUUACAACACCUAUACCGCGCCCCGGUACGUGAACCUCAGCGACCCCGAACUUCGGCGCGCUAUCAACGGCCACCUGCCCGAUGAUUCGCAGCUCUGGGCUGACGACGAGGUCGUCGACUUGCACCCAGGCAUCUUCGACUCCAUUGACGAAAGCUACCUGAGAGUCGACGGACACCGCGAGCGUUUCAAACUGUUCCUCGGUGCCUACCUGGUCUGGACCCUGUCUCCCUUCCUGUCCAGCCACCUGCAUAAGGCCAUGCUCGCCGACAUGGGCCGAGUGGACUCUGCUCUGGCGCGCCGAUCGCGCCAGUGCUUCGAGACCAUCAGCCACGUUAUGCCGCUGGCGAGCUGGACGCUGCAAGCCGACCUAGUAGGAGACACCCGCUUCGCGUGGAGCGUCGUGGGAUUCAUUCUCCGCGCCCUGAACCAUUACGUCACAUCCUACAGCCAAUCGGCGGGCGCCGCAGUCGCAUCGACGACGGCGUACAUGAAGAUCAACGCGCUGAACAUGAGCUCGACGUGGCCUAUGCUGGACAAGGUGUACGCGUUUGUUCCCGGCGAAACCAUCAACGGCAGCUACUUCGAUCGCUACAGGCGCGUCGCGCAUGCCGCGGUGCUCCGCAACAAGCAGUCACUGCGUAGUCCCCGCCAGAACAUCUACCACCUGCCGGGUGUAUCGCACGAGAUCGUUUACCGUCUCCUGGUGGCCCGCGAAGUUCCCGUGAGCUACGCCAGCUUAUCGCCCCCGCUAUCAGUGCCGGGACACGCCCUCGCGGUGCCGCUCGCCACCGUAGGAAUACCUGCGACCAACCACGUCCUGGCGCUGCUGUACAUGGACUUGUACUCCGAUCACCAUUUUCAGCCACACAGUGAAGAGAAGAUGAAGCAGAUCCUGGGGUUGCCGCUUUACAAUGACAUGACAAAUUUCGGGGAAUCCCUCAAGAUCCGCGUCAACGGCACGGCGGAAGCGCAGACCUUGACUCUACAGGAGAGGUACGACAUCAUGAAAAGCAGCAUAGCGACGCUGGCGGCUGUGCACGUGAUCGAAAAGCACUACACAGAGCUUGCGAAAGCCGUAUGGUUGCCGGCGGCCACGUCAUUCCCUGGAAUUCCAGACAGCAAGCUCUUAUUCCUGCUGACCUGCUUCAUGAACUGCGGCUCGACCGGUCGCUUACAUUUCCUAAAGAGGACAUACUGCAACAUCGCACUGCCAGCAGUACCAAGCUUUCUGAGGGUCUUCCACUGUCCCCCCGGGAGCCGGCUGGUGACAAAUUUCAAGUGGCGAAGUCCAAUGGAAUGAACUACCUUACUAGGCCGAGCAUCGAGACGGCACAACAUACGCUGGGCUCUAGGGACAGUGAAUUGUCAAAGCACCGCUCAUGUUUUGCGAACCAAAGGGAGCAAGGGGGCAGAAACGAAGGGAGGAAUGUUUAUAUUGUUUAUAGUGCUUUCUUUAUCGCGAUUGUCCCCACUAUAGCUGGUAUUUAAAUCCCGAUAGCAGUUUUCCUUCGUGGGGCGUUUUAUGAGAUCACUCUGGAGAUGUCUAUUGCAAUGAUUGUCUUAAAGCGUGCUGUGUUAUAAUGCCUAUAUCUUUGGGACACGAAAGAAAUUAUUAAUUGAAAAUUGCUUUACAUGCGGCAAGUAAGAGCAGCUCGAUCUUCUUUGAUACUGAUUCUUUGUUGGGUGCUUACCUAUGCACAUCUCAAUAGAAAACAAUGUCCUUAUAUAGCCAGUGAC